AUGAGACCCUCUACUGUUGCCGUUCUUGUCUUCAGCUUGUGGUCGUUACUAGGCCUUAAUAGUAUCGUGGCUGCGCAGCGUAUAAAUGGAAGUUAUCACCCAGAAGACAUAUCACCUUGUGCACUGGCAUGUCUACAAGGCGCCAUCCCUCUUUCCCACUGCGAGCUUUCUGACAUUGAAUGCCAGUGUGAAGAUAAAGAGUUCAUCAAGCACGCCUCAGCCUGUGCGGUGAAAACCUGUAAAUUAGAGGACCUGAUGCAGCUGGUCCGAGGGGAUGCUGCGCAAUGCAACCGGUCCGAUAAAAACCAUCACAGACUGAUGAUCGCGCUAGCUAUCACUACACCAACAAUCACAUAUACAGUGAUAAUCCUACGUAUCUUGUCCAGGCUGUGGACAGUCCGUAAGUUAUGGUGGGAUGACUGGAUGCAUAUACUCGCAGGGGUAUUCGCAAUACCCCUAAGCAUUUUCGGAAACUUCUGUGUUAGUCAAGGAUUCGGACUUCACCUCUAUGAUAUCAAAGUCGAAUCCCUCACCCAGAUAACCGACCUCUUCUUCUGGUGGUACAUGUGCCAAGUCUUCUGGCCAUUCACCGUGUUCUUCGUCAAAAUGUCCAUCCUACUCCUCUAUCUCCGCAUCUUUCCAAUCGCCCUCUUCAGGAGAUUCGACUUCCUCUGCAUCGGUUUCCUAAUCGUCUCCUUCCUAGUUACCACACCCAUGGCAAUCUGGCAAUGCAGGCCCCUCCGAGCCGCAUGGGACUACGACAUCGACAACGCCCGCUGUCUAAAGAUCGCAUCCGUAGCCUACGCCAACGCCUCACUAAACAUCAUCACCGAAGUCCUAAUCCUAAUCCUCCCGCUCCCAGUCCUCCGGACUCUCCAUGUCCCCCGGAGAAAGAAGAUCGCCCUUAUCUCCGUCUUCAGUGUCGGUAUAAUGUACAACCUUCCCAACCCACCUAAUAAAGCACAGACAAGAAUAUUAACCAUAAGCGAAAAACUAAACAGAGUAAUCGGAAUAGCAUCCGCACGCAUGCCCGCGCUCGGCAAAAUGGGAACAUACCACGACCCACCCUACUCACAAGCUCCUGCGUUCCUGCUUAGCUGCGUUGAGGCAGCCAUGGCGCAUGUCUGUGCCGCUGCGCCAGUUAUCUAUACUACCAUUGUGCAGAUAAAGCGAGCGCAUGGGAAGGGCUCGCAGUCGUCGCCUUCUACUUCGCGUGAGGGACAGGCUGGGUCAGAUCAGGCUGGCGGGUCGGGGCACUCGAGGAGGAAAUCCCAGGCAGCGAUCUACUCUUCGUUGCAUAUGUCGGAUGUGGCUAUUAUGGGACGGGGCUGGAUGCAAAGUCAACGUCGGUCGAGGGGCUGUGCACCUUCGGCUCAUCAUUUGGAGCAUGCUCAUAGUGCUUAUUACUCUGAUCCUGAGUUGGCGGCUAGCCCACGUCCUGGUUUGGUACGUAUGGGUACUAGUCGCGGAAGUUGUGGCUCGACUGGGGUUUUGACUUUGUUUCCAACCCCUGAGAUAGAUGAUCGGAUUGAGGAAGUCUGA